UUGCCUCUGAACAACUCUCUCAAGAUCAACGGCCUCCCCAUUGCAUUCCUUGCCCUGAAGCUGUUUCCUCUGGUUGUGCUGAGGGCUGAUGCCCAAGGUGCAUCACUUUUCAAGAACUGGAUCAUGAACAACUCAAACAACUCUAUCCUCCUAGAAGAACAGCUCAUCAAGAAAUCCCAACAAAAGAGAAGAACUUCUCCCUCGAACUUUAAAGUCCGCUUCUUUGUUUUAACCAAAACCAGCUUGGCGUAUUUUGAGGACCGUCAUGGGAAAAAGCGCACCUUGAAGGGCUCUAUUGAACUCUCCAGGAUCAAAUGUGUCGAGAUUGUGAAAAGUGACAUUAGCAUCCCUUGCCACUACAAGUAUCCUUUUCAGGUUGUGCAUGACAACUACCUCCUGUAUGUGUUUGCUCCAGACCGUGAGAGCCGGCAGCGCUGGGUGUUGGCCCUUAAAGAAGAAACGAGGAAUAAUAACAGUUUGGUGUCCAAGUAUCAUCCUAAUUUCUGGAUGGAUGGGAGAUGGAGGUGCUGUGCUCAGCUGGAGAAGCUUGCAGUGGGCUGUGCCCAGUACGAUCCAACCAAAAAUGCUUCAAAGAAGCCUCUUCCUCCUACUCCUGAAGACAACAGGCGAUCACUUCAGGAGCAUGAAGAAACCCUGGUCAUUGCCUUGUAUGACUACCAAACGAACGAUCCUCAGGAACUCACGCUACAGCGCAAUGACGAGUACUACCUGCUGGACAGCUCUGAGAUUCACUGGUGGAGAGUUCAAGACAAGAAUGGACACGAAGGAUACGUACCAAGCAGCUAUCUGGUGGAAAAAUCUGCAAAUAACCUGGAAACCUACGAGUGGUACAAUAAGAGUAUCAGCCGAGACAAAGCUGAAAAACUUCUUUUGGACACAGGCAAAGAAGGAGCCUUCAUGGUACGGGAUUCCAGGACUCCAGGCACAUACACCCUGUCUGUCUUCACCAAGGCCAUCGUAAGUGAGAGCAACCCCUGCAUAAAGCACUAUCACAUCAAAGAAACAAAUGACAACCCCAAGCGAUACUAUGUGGCUGAAAAGUAUGUGUUCGAUUCCAUCCCUCUGCUCAUCAACUAUCACCAGCACAACGGAGGAGGCCUGGUCACGCGCCUUCGCUAUCCUGUUUGUUCCUGGAGGCAGAAAGCCCCCAUCACAGCUGGGCUGAGAUACGGGAAAUGGGUGAUCCAUCCCUCGGAGCUCACUUUCGUGCAGGAGAUCGGCAGCGGGCAGUUCGGACUGGUGCAUCUUGGCUACUGGCUCAACAAGGACAAGGUGGCCAUCAAAACCAUUCAGGAAGGAGCUAUGUCAGAAGAGGACUUCCUAGAGGAGGCGGAAGUCAUGAUGAAACUCUCUCACCCCAAACUGGUCCAGCUGUACGGGGUGUGCCUGGAGCAGGCCCCCAUCUGCCUCGUGUUCGAGUUCAUGGAGCAUGGCUGCCUGUCGGAUUACCUGCGCAGCCAGCGGGGGCUCUUGGCUGCAGAGACCCUGCUGGGCAUGUGCCUGGACGUGUGUGAGGGCAUGGCCUACCUGGAAGAGGCGUGUGUCAUCCACAGAGACCUGGCUGCCAGGAAUUGCCUAGUGGGAGAAAACCAAGUCAUCAAGGUGUCGGACUUUGGGAUGACAAGGUUUGUCCUUGACGAUCAGUACACCAGCUCCACGGGCACCAAGUUCCCGGUGAAGUGGGCAUCCCCGGAAGUCUUCUCCUUCAGCCGCUACAGCAGCAAGUCGGAUGUGUGGUCAUUUGGGGUGCUAAUGUGGGAAGUCUUCAGCGAAGGCAAAAUCCCAUAUGAAAACCGAAGCAACUCAGAGGUGGUGGAAGACAUCAGUACCGGAUUUCGGUUGUACAAGCCCCGGCUGGCCUCCUCUCAUAUCUACCAGAUCAUGAAUCAUUGCUGGAAAGAGAAACCUGAAGACCGGCCACCCUUCUCCAGACUCUUCAGUCAACUGGGUGAAAUUGCAGAAUUGGGACUUUAGCAGAGACUCAGCUGCAGAUCCUGAGCCAGAAGAAGUCCUCCCUCCACAGAGCAUUAAAAGCUGCCACCAGCCCAGGACUCCCCAGGGGCAGCUGGCCUCUGGUGCCAGUCCCUGAGCUGCCAGGGAGGCAGCACCUUGACAGAAGCUGGCACUCCGCCACCGGCUGGAGGCUCAGCCAAUGAACUGGGAGCCAGGCCAGGCAGCGGCCAUGUCUCCACCCUCCCUCCAGCCUCUUAUCUCGGGUGGUGCACAAACCUCAAUCUGACAGCUUUCAGGCAACCUUUCUUGAACUUUUUCUUAGCGAAAGAGAGUGGGUAGGACCCUGGAUUGUUGUUUUAUUAUU